GGGGCAUAGCCUACUACGUGACUCAGCCAUAGGGUCACACCGUCCAUCCCUCUCCGGUACUAAUUUACAUUUCGUCCUGGUCCCAUCUGCAGUUGAACUGCGUCCAACUGAACUGAGAGAGCGAGAGAGAGAGAGAAAAAAACGCAUUUAUGGACACACCUCGGCGAAGUAGCAAGAAGAUGAAUUAAUGUUAGGCAAAGCGCUCGUAACAUUCGAUCUGUGAACGAGGGAGCAGGGCGAAUCAACAGCGCAGUCGGAGAGUUUAAGGUCCCUGCCAGGACGUGUCUGGCCCCCAGGGGGCGCUGUCGCGGAGGUCCAACACCAUGGCGGAACCUGACUACAUGGACGGGGACUGCGACGAGCUCAUCCAGCCCAAAAAACUCAUCAACCCCGUCAAGACGUCCCGCAACCACCAAGACCUCCACCGAGAGCUGCUGAUGAACCAGAAACGGGGCCUGUCUCCGCAGAAUAAGCCGGAGCUGCAGAAGGUUCUGGAGAGGAGGAAACGGGAGCAGAGGGAGGAGCAGGAGGCGCGGGAGAAGAGGGAGAAGAGGUCCGACCUGGAGCUGGAGCUCCUCAAGAGGCAGCAGAAACUGGAGCAGCUUGAACUAGAGCAGCAGAAGUGUGAGGAGGAGCAGGAGAACACGCCAGAGUUUGUCAAAAUGAAGGGGAACCUGAGGAGGACGAAGCAUGAGGCGGAGAACCAGGAGCACGGAGUCCAUGGCACGUCGCCGUAGCGACCGCAGCCCUGAGGGAGUUUACUGCCAAAAUGACUGGCUAUAUAAACAAACUCCCCCAACCACUCACUCCAAUCAGAGGCUCGACAGUUUACACCAGUAUACACCGGUAUAAAUCAGUGUUCACCAGUGUACGCCACUUGGACGAGAAUGCCAACUGUGGAUGAAGGGAAAACCGGGGCUUUUGACUUCCGAAGAAGGCCGCCACUUCGAACGUAGCCGAGGUUAAAAGAAAAACAUCUCGCCUGUUGAACCCACAGAGCUCCUGCAGACAUAUCGAAAUGAAAUUUUGCAAGCCGAAAUUACCGACGUUUAAUCUUGCGUUUCGUUCUCGGUUUAGUUUCUUUCCUUUGUUUAAUUGAAUACGGAAACUUGAUGUUUUAUCUGAAUUCUCUACCAUUCUGUUAUGUAAGCUGGAAGCUACAUUACCUCAUUUGUUUGGUGGUGGUGAUGGUAAGCAUUUGACCACCUCAGUUCGCUUGCUCUGUCUUUUGUGUUUCUUUUCUUUUUGGCCUCCGCUUUGUCCGUCUUAACUACUCGACCUACAGCUGUACUUUCCUUUUAUAUUUUGUGUUUUUUGAUAAAAGUUGAAUAUGUAUGUCGGUUACUGAAACCCGAAGCAGUAUUUCUUUUUCCAUCGAAUAGACACAGCUUCAGUUGGUUAUCUCAGUUCUGAGAGUAGAAAUCAGAAGUUUAUACGGAAUCCAACCACUAGCAGCUGCUCUUUUCUGAAUAAAAAGGGUUUCUGUAAA